GAGAGCUCAAGACUCCCAUGAUGCAUUGCAGUGCCAACGUAUACAAACCAAACAGGAACAUGGCUACCGGUGUUUAAAAUCAUCUUCUCAUUUAAAAAAAAGCUUGAAUUGUCGGAUACGGCUUGUCACGGGAUAAUAUCAGCAGUGUCCUUCUACUCGGAGUGAAUCUGCCGUAAAAAUCCACGCACGGAGCCCGAAAAGUGACAAAAAUCAGCGACUGCGUGUCACAUCAUCCAUAGACAGUCGAGAUGGCAAGUCCCAGGACCAGGAGGGUUUUGAAGGAAGUGAGAGCUGAUGAUGAAAACAAUCUCUGCUUUGAGUGCGGGGCAUUUAACCCUCAGUGGGUGAGUGUCUCGUAUGGGAUCUGGAUUUGCCUCGAGUGCUCUGGGAAACACAGGGGUCUGGGAGUGCACCUCAGCUUUGUGCGGUCUGUAACCAUGGAUAAGUGGAAGGACAUCGAGCUGGAGAAGAUGAAAGCCGGAGGAAACAGGAAAUUCCGGAUGUUUCUGGAGCUUCAGGACGAUUAUGAUCCCAACUGGAAUCUGCAGGAAAAAUACAACAGCCGGUCCGCCGCUCUAUUCAGGGACAAGGUUGCGACUUUAGCUGAGGGAAAGGAGUGGUCCAUCGAAACUUCCUCUGCCAAAAACUGGACUUCUCCACAACCCAAGACCAGCCUGUCAUCCUCCCAUCGUUCAAGUGGAACAACACAGGACUCUGGUAAAUCUGGAGACAAAGCUUUUGAAGACUGGCUCAGUGAUGAUGUCAACUCUUACCAAAGUGGAGGAGGCUACAGCGGGAACCAGGAAAACCGUUAUGUAGGAUUUGGAAACACAGUGACCCCAGAGAAGAAAGAGGAGGACUUUCUGAACAACGCCAUGUCGUCUAUUUAUUCAGGAUGGAGCAGUUUUACAGUUGGGGCAAGCAAGUUCGCCUCCUAUGCUAAAGAUAAUACCACAAAAUUAGCCAGCCAAGCCCAGCUGAAGGCCACUGAAUUAGGACAGACUUUAAAUGAGAGUGUUAUCAAACCCACUCAGGAAAAGGUCAAAGAUGGAAAGUUAUUAGAUGAAAUGGCUGUCGGCAUUUCUGGGCUAGCGAAUAAGAUGCAGGGAGCUGGUGCCAAAUUGACAAACCUCUUCACUGGAAAACCUGAAGAUGGAUCUACCGGUGAGAGCUACCAGAACAUGGACAGCACAGAGGGCGGGUACCAGGGCGGCUCGGGCCAGGCCACGGGCAAAGACUUCUGGGAAACGUUCGGCAGCAACAACUCCUUAAAGGCCAAGAAAUCCCCCAGUUCAGACAGCUGGACCAACGUGGAAAACUCCGCGUCUAAUAACAAGAACAGUGAAGAUAGCUGGGAGGCCUGGGAUAGCAACUGGGAGAAUUCAGAUGGUAAGAGCAAAAAGAGCCCCUCAAAACCAGUGGAGGAGAGCUGGGAUAAUGCAGAUUGGUAAACACUAGGAAAAAUGCUGUUUAGUGUAUUUAAAUGUCGGAAUGUCAUCUCAUCUUUGGCACGCAGGGGGAGACAGAGAGUCCGGAAGUGCUGUAGUUAUGUAAAAUGACCCAAAAGGUUUUAAGAUGGAUUAUAAACCAGAUUUGACUCAAGGACUUGGCUAAAUUAUGGGAUAUGAUGGGGGCUCGUCAUUGAAACCGGUUGCUGCUGCAUAAUUAGUGAAUGCCUUUUGAAUUGAAAUGAAUUGAAGUACUAGGGGGCAAAUAACCAAUUUUCUUGAACCAACCACCUACCUGUCUAUUUUUCAAACUUUAUUUUUCAUUCAAAAGCAAAAGUAUUAUUUCAAAAGCUCUGAGCCAACUUAAACAAAUUGGCAUUUCUACAACCGUGUAUUGGUGUGGAGAUGGUGCAGCCCUGACACAGAUGAUCAGAAUUCCUCUAUUUAAUAUUGUAAAAUGUUCGAUGUCUAUACUGUAAAAUUGGUUCCUGAACUGGAUAAACAUAACGAUUAAUGCAUGAUUUUAAUGUCUGAAAUCUUAAAGUGACAUGCGUGUAAAUACAGAUUACAUUAUUGUAAAUAUAAAAAACCUACAUCACAUCAGUUUUGUAGCCUGUUUUUCAAGACCCAUUCAUUUAAUCAGUGAACUGGGUUUGAUUACUUUCCAAUUCAAACUUAUUACAUCCUAACCGACCAAUCAUAGCUGUUCAUCUCAAAAGGGGGCGGGCCUUUCUUGAUUUUUAUGUCUCUAAUUGGUUGUGCGAUAUUGUAAGUUUUAACUACCUGUUCUGUCCCAUUUUUUUGAUUGGUUCACUUCAAGAUUCGUUGCAUUUUCAUGAAAAGUUAUCAUAUAUUUCUAAACUUUGUAUUACAAAAACUAUCAAGGGAUUAAAAUAUUCUGAAUUAUUAUGUACUAAACUGUGCAUUAAAUGAGCAAAUUAUGAUACAAAUAGUUAUUAUUUUAUAUGUUUUUUGGAUAGUGCGUUUUUUAUCUACUUGCUGCCCAGAGUCAGGUGUAUAAAUAGUGUGUUGAAAUGCAUUAAAUGUCCAGGAGAAUGCGUUUGAACUUUAGCUCGUCUAUAACUGAAAGUGUAUGGGCCAUUAACGAGUGCCUGAGACUGGCUAUUUGAUAUAGCCAAAUCAAUUUAUCAAAAUCAGCUUCAUAAACUGCAGCUUGGUUAACUGUUUUAUGUGGAUUGUAUCUUUUAAGCAGAGGUUGAAAAAAAUACAAACUGAAUCCAAAUUAAAGGUGCUGUACCUGAUUUUACUGUCUUAAAAACAUGAAAAACAAAACUAGUUCAUUUUUAACAGUUUGCAGUGGUUCAAAGUUCACUUACCUUAUGCAUUCAGAGCAUCCCAAUUAUUCACCAAGAUGAGUUUAUAAGCACUUUUCACAACUCUGAGACCAGAGUUUUGUGAUGACGGUAAACCUAACAAGCAUGCUAAGGCACACUUCCUGAUUAUUGGACAAUAAAAUACUUUCUGACCUCAAGAGCUGCUUGUACAAUAUGUCUGUACUGUGGCAAGAUACAUUUUGCUCAAACACAUGAGGAAAAAAUUGGGUACAGCACCUUUUUAAAUAAAAUGAUAAUCAAAUCUACUUUAACAAGUGAGACAGCCAUUUUAUGAAAACAUUGGUGGCGUACAAUUUACUCUUUCCAUUGCAGACUUUUCAAUAGACCCUCUAUCAGUAAAUAUUUUUGUCAUUGAUAAUCCAAAUACGUAUCAAAUAUUGAAUGUAAAGUGCUUUGAUAAUUACUACUACUACAACUACUACAUCUACAUAUUUUAAUCCCAGGCCCUUCUUAGACAGAUGCAUUACCAAACUUGCAUUUGAUUCAAAAACUUGGGACUAGUUAUUUUAUUUAAUUUAACUUUGUAUAGCCCCAUAUCACAACAGCUGUCACCUCAGGGCUUCACAAACUUGUUGAUUUAACGAACAGAAAGUUACUUAGACCUCUCUGAAUAAAAGCACUAGUGAGCAGUGGAAACUGUCAGGUGUGAAAACAAACUAAACCUUGGUCUGAAAAAAGAAUUGAUUAAAAAUAAAUUAGGGGAAGACCAUAUGAACCUCACUGGACCAGAAAGUUAGAAAAUCAAACAAUUUAACAGUCAUGAGCUGCUUUCCACCUCUCCUUUUAAGAUAAUAUUUCCCUGUACAGCUAACCCUUUUAAGAUUAAUUUUAUGCAAUCCAUUUCAUGCAAAUUGCCAUUCACUGAAAUACGCUUCUGAGUUUUGCACAAGUUUUAUCUUUACUCUUAGUGCUGUUAUUUUUGCCUUAAAUAUAUAAGUCUGUUUUCUAUCACAUGCAAAACAAACACGAUUCUAAACCAGUCAGAAUAUAUAGCAUUUUCAAAACUAUGUAACUACCACUAGAAUAGGCUCUGUGCACAGCUGCACACUACCUAGCUCACUGUGUCUCAAAGCUAACUUUUAUUAAAUUUGGAAAACGUAAAAUAAAUUGAUUACCAAAUUAUUUUUAUAUGUAGAAUAUUUCAGUUUGUGGUGGUGUUUUAAUAUUUAUUAAGCCUUGCAUUAGCAUUAACGUGUUCGCUUUGAGGCACAAACUUCUCCCUUUUGAAAUAUAGAAGAGUCCUCUGAAGUAUUCAUUUUAUUUGUGUAGUUUUAACAUGACCUCCGCCUGCAGCUCCCCAUAGAUAUACAGCAAAAAUCCCAUAGAGAUACAAUUGGACAGGAAGUAGUGGCAGGUGCUAUUGUGUACAGAGCCUGUUAUGUGUGUUCUGUUUUUACUAGAGACGGGACAAGAUCUCGUGCUACAAGAUCUUUUGAGAUGAAAUUGCCACAUUUUGCACAUGACGAAAAUUAUCUUGUGAUUUUUAAAAAUGUUUUCCCAUGUAUUUACAUUGGGAUUGGACAAAAAAGGUUUAACUUUGCUGAGGUGGAUCUCUUGUGAAUCUGUACUUCCAAAAACAGUGCAGUAACAAUGGCAAAACUGUAAAUAAAUCUAUUAUUAUGAGGCCAAACGUCUGAACUGAACUGCAUUAUUUGAUGUACCGGUAUUUAAAAUCUUGUCAAAUCUUGUCUCAUGUUCCGUCUCAUCUCGUUGAAAUUGUCUCGUCUCAGCCGUAGUUUUUACCAUUUUCAUUUGUAAAACAUUCUCUAAUUCUGGGAUUAAAAAGGAAUCAUAAUUUUCCGAUUUGUAUUUCCAUAUGGGCUGAAAUGAUUUUUGCUGUACUAUGACACUUGUGUGGCCUUGAAGUUGGAAAACAUUGACUAUGGGGUGACAUGUUUAUGGACCAUUUCCUACCUCUUACACAACAGUUUACGUAUCUGAAAUCUGUACUGUUUUUAUUUUUCUCAUUUCGAUGUUGUGGCACUGCAAAUGUGUGGUAGUCAAAGUAUAUGUAGAUUCUGUGUGCAAUAAAUCACCCCUGCAGAAUACACCAAUCAGCCAUAUCAUAAUGACCACUGAAUUAAUAGAUUCUCUUUAUAUUGGCAUGUGUUUGAGAUAGGAUUGCAGGAUUUGGGUAAAAAAAAAAUCGAUUAGCAAUUUUUUGAUAAUAACAAUGAUUCAUGCAUGAUUUUAACAUCUGAAAUCUUAACGUGGCAUGCGUGUACAUCAUAGACUGUAUAUAUAAAUAGACCUAGCUAACCUGCUAUCUGCUGCAUUCCAAACAGGAAGUGAUCAUGGGCGUGCUUGUAGCUCCAUCGACUCUGGCUCCAAUUCACUUUAUAUUGAAAAAUUGCUGCUCCUCUUUCUGUAACCUCUGCUAUCAGGCUUGUUAUUAUGGUCUUAAAAUUAUCGUAUUAACCCGCUGUACAUGAUCCUGGUGUUUUUCACCAUUUUAUUUGUGAUUCAAGAUUUUAAUAUUAAUAACAGACAAAUCAGUCGCCUUCUUUCCCCGAGGUUACUCCUGCUAAUGUUAGCAACAGGUUUGAUUGACAACGUUGCUAAGCUCCCGCUCCCUGCCAAACCAGUGGUGCAGGCAGGAAAGGGCGUUGGCUUCAACAGCCUCACUCCAGAUUGGCUCUUUGGUUGCUAUGACACUUGCAAUCAGAAUUCCAAAUAUGGAACUGAGCUCCAAAUUGGCCCCUAUAACUACUCUAACCUCGAUGAUCUUCAUUUGACUGGAGCCGAACGCUAAGGGUGACGUCACACUCACUUAGUCCACUUCUUUAUACAGUCUAUGGUGUGCAUACAGAUUUGAUUAUUGUAAAUGGAAAACCCACAUCGCAUCAGUUUUAUAGCCUAUUUAUCAAGACCCAUGCAAUGGGUCAAUUUAAUUAUUGAACUGAGUCGGGACACUUUUCAAUUCAAACCUAUUAUAUCCUACCUAACCAAUCAUAGCUGGUUAUCUCAAAAGGGGCAGGCCUUUUUUGAUUUUUAUGUCUCAAAUUGGUUGUAUGAAAAUAUGUUUUAACUGCCUGUUUGGUCCUAUUUUUGAUUGGUUCAACCCAAGAUUCUUUCUUCUUGAUGAAGACCUGUCCUGCAAGUUUAAUACUCAAAAUGAUCAAGGGAUUAAACCUACCUGAAAUAUUGUGUAGUAAAUAAUGAAAUGCAUUGUCAGAAAAAAAUACAUAUAUAUUUUUUAAUAUCAUAAUUUGCCAAGCAUUACAUUUGAGAUUUUUGUUUUAAUAAUUGUUUCACAUUUUUAACACACCUGGAAUAAAUGACACAUAACUGGAAUAUGAAUUAAUUGAAAGAUAUGAAAGCUCUAAACUGUAAAAAAAAAGUUUUUUAGGUUUUUAAGAUGGUCAGUGUUGUUAUGACUGAUUUGUGUAUUCGUCAUUAUGUGUAAAAAUGUGUUUUGUGUACUUUUAUGUUGUUGAUGCAGUGAGUCAUGUAUGUGUCACGCAAACCAGGUCAUUCUAACAGUCCUCACAGUGAGACUAAACUAAGAAAGCUUUUCCCAUAAGAAACUUUUUAGAUUUUACAGGAUUACAUAAUUAGAAUUGCUUCAGCCAGUUCAUCAUUUUCACUUCCAGGAUUUGAGUUGGGGCGUGUCUGUGUUUGUACAUACAGAUUUACUCUCAGAAAUACUAUUUUUGAUGUCGAGCAUGAUGUGACCCCUGUUAUAAUGGUGUGUGCGCCCCAGUGUUACUACAGCUCACUGAUGGAGGCUGUGGUGAGCUACAUUGACUUGUGUGUAAAAUAAAAUUAGUGUGCUGUGACUGUAAA